GACCAUUUGCAAGUGGCUUCCGCAGAGGAGGAGUCCGAGAAGGACACGAGGCUUUGGGCCGGUCAAGAUCCAAACUGCUCUCAGCGACGACCUCCAGCGUUGAACCUCAACAGCGAUGACAAGAUGUCAGGCAGAGCUGUAUCGGCAAUGCCAGAUUGCGGUGUGGCGGUACCGAAAGGUGGCAGCUCAGAACCGCGGUGGAAGAGCCUGGAAGAGGAGAUGCAAAAGAGGAGAGAACCACUACUGGAAGAGGAAGAGGACAACAGGGAUUUGGAUUCGGAGGCUCAAUACAUCUCAUCAGAAGAGGAGGUGCGUGUGUCAGUUGACAAUCCUCUCUUGAGGCGAUUCGCAACCUUGCCUUGGGGUGUUGAGACUUGCAUUCAGAGCAACCAUCCAGCCGAUCAGGCUGAUGACCACAAGACUGCAGAUGCCUGGGUCAGUCUCCCAUGUGCCGAUUUCACACCAUGGCAACACAUGAACGUGCAUAGGCAAAUGCUCAGAUUAAUCAGCUACGUGCACUCAACAGCUGACCGCAUGAUCCAGGUUACUCAGCGAAGCUACGACACUGUGGUCGCGUACAUCGCGUUAAUGUUGCGUCCACUCACGAGCUUCGCGCCCUUCAUCCAACCCGAUUUUUUUUGGCAGGCUCAUUAUGAAGAAAUGGCCGAUGGCGAGGAGUUGCUCGCCCUUGAGGAGAAGCCGCCCCUGCAGGAGGUCCGCCCUUUUUUUGUGUGGCAGGAGGUCCACCUGUCCACUGGCACCUACAGCCGGUGGGCAGACGAUGAGGAGAUGGCGCAGGCACAGGCAUUUCUUUACAAAUUUUACAACACUCGCCACCACCCUUUUCUCCUUUGCCGAGGAUUGGACGGCAUCGUCAAGCAAGGGAACUCAGCUGAGCGGCCAGUGUGUUGCGUGCGUGUGUUGCGCGGGCGGGUCGAUAAACCACCACAACCUAUGCGGCCAAGCAGAUGCCCGAUGUUCGACGACGAUUCGGAGUCCGAGGCGCUCAGCAGAGCGAGAGCGGUCUAUGAGGAGAUGGAGAGAGCCCGAUAUCAACCUGUGAAGGACAGCCGGCAUUUGCAGCCGGCUGUCCAACUUUUGUUUGUCUCACAGCUGGCACGGCAGCUUGCUAAGCAGCUGGAUUGCGAAAGGGGCUGCUGCCAGCCUCCAGUUUUUGAGGCCAGUGUGCCUCUGUCAGACUUCCAGCUUGAGAAGCUUCCUGUCCCAGAGAAGUUGAA